CAAUAAAAAAAAUCGUCCUUGGUCAGUUGAUCUACAGAGCUCGGACUGCUCUUUAACCAACUCUUUAUAGUUAAUUCAUUUUAAAUUGUAUUUUCAACAUUGUCAAUUCUAGUUGGUAGAUUGUGUUUAUUUAUUGUAGUGCAACCAUAUCUACCUACUUUGUAUUCAUUCAAAUUCAAAUAUUAGUUUAAUCAGAUCAUUCAAAAUAUUGGAGCAAACCACAAUUAUUUAAUGAUAAAUAAAACUUAGUACCAUUAAUAAAGAUGUCUGUGUUAUUGAACAGUAUUCAGCAAGCCACAGAAUGGGUAUCACAAAAUACUGAUCCUCUUGUUAAAGAUCUUUGGUUUAUGGGAUCAGUAUGGCCAAUUACAAUUGUAGUGAUUUCAUAUCUGUACUUUGUUCUUAAAGGUGGUCCGGAAUUCAUGAAGUUCCGUAAUCCUUACAACAUUGACCGCAUUGUUAUGAUUUAUAAUGCAGUACAAGUUUUAUUUUCUACGUACUUGGUGAAAGAGGCAUUUAGACUGGUGUGGCUGCGAGACGAUUACCGAUUCUAUUGCUUUGAAACUAGUAAAGAGGAUCCUGAUAUAGCAAGACAACAAGUGUAUACUGUUUGGCUGUUCCUUGCGAGUAGAUUUCUGGACCUCCUAGACACAGUCUUUUUUAUACUAAGAAAAAAACAAAGUCAAGUAACAUUUUUACAUGUUUACCAUCAUACUUUGGUUAUAACAUUUGGCUGGUCCUUAACAAAUUUUUAUCCAGGAGGACAAGUCGCAUUCUUUGGCACCAUUAAUGGAAUUGUGCAUGUUAUAAUGUAUAGCUACUACUUUUUGACUAUAAUAAACCCAGAAUACAAAAAAGCGUGGUGGAAAAAAUAUUUAACGACUUUACAACUGGUGCAAUUCGUCAUUACUGGACUACAUGCAUUUAUUACGCUAUUUGAGCCUGACUGCAAUUUCCCAAGAAUCAUAAUGUUAUUAGCAAUUCCACAAGAUAUAUUUAUGUUCAUUUUAUUCUGGGACUUUUAUAAAAAAGCAUACAUUAAACCAAAGAAGAUUAAACAAUGAUGAAUUUGCUGAAGAUUAUAAAAUUAAAAUAUUUUUUAUAUAUUCCGUACCAAUUUUUGUAUUGCUUAUAUUAUUUAGGAAGGCUCAUAAAAAACUGAUUUUAUUUUUCAACAAGUAUUCAAUCUAAUAAACAUAUUUUAUAGUAUAAAUAGUUUUGAUAAAUAGUAGGAGAAGCACAUAAAACAUAAUAUAUUAAAUUUGAAUGCCUGUGUUUAGUAUUUAAGAAUUUGAUUUUUGAAUAAUUUCUUUAAAAUAGCUAGCAUGCUACUAAAAUAGGUAUCUACUAUAUAAGUACUUAUAUCUACCAAGUACCUACCAUGCAUUUCUAGAGGAAAGGUGUGUUAAAUUUUUGAGAUACUAAGGUAAAGAAAUUUCCGAGUGAUGGAUAGUAUUAUACCUAUAUAUAAUCAAAAUACAAAUUUAAAUACACACAUUAGGACUAUCGAUAUAUUUGUAUUAUCUUACGUCUUGUGUUAUUGUUCAAAUUAUUCAAUGUUUUAAUUUAGUUGAAAUACGAAAAAAGAACUUUUAACUAUUUUAAUUAGCUAUUAGGUUUAAAUGAUUAAUCAUUUUAAGAAAAAUGGUGUUUUUAAAUAUUGUUAUAUUUAUUUUGUCUUUUAUGUAAAUAUUGCAGUAAAUUAAAUUUAAAAUAAUUAAAGAUAUUAUAUGGGAGUGGUUUUUUUAUUCAAAACAAAUUUUGUAAGUAAUAAUAUUGUAUGCAUGAAAAUCAUAAUAACCACCUUAUUUGGAAAUUGUUCCCACUGGUCUUUUUGAAUACUUGAUUGUAUCUGCGUUAGUUAAAGAUAGGUAGUUAAAAAAGAUAAUACAAUUUAUGAAAAAAAUCAUUAAUUACCAACGAUUUGAAAAUUAUUGUAAAUAACGGCCUCAUUAUAACUACUGAUAAUUGUGUAUCAUUAGAUUAAUUACCCGUUUUACAGGUAUUGAGAGUGCAUAGUAUAUUAUAGGAAAGACAAAUUUAAGUGUAAUUUAAUUUUUAUGUUAUGUAUAUUGUAUAAUUUAAACUGUUUAAAAGCUGUAUUUUUUACCAUACAUACACUAUCACGAAUCUAAAUAAAUCUAGACGGUGGUACAUUUUAA